AUGGCCAGGGGAAAGCCUGAAAAUAGCGAGAUUUGGAUUCCUUGGUAUGAUCCUGAGCUCAUGAGAUUUGGAUAUCGGGGUGCCUCAUUAGGCGAGCUUACUUUUAUCGACAGGGUUUUGGAGGGGUACGACGUUGAAGUCUUGGAUUACUCAUCGCGCAUUGCAUUGACGUGCAUAUUGCCAGACCAGGCUUCGCACGUAGCCGACAACACACUUUUGUGUGGUAUUCCGAAUUGGGACGCCAAUGUUUUAGCUUCGGGAGGAGCGCCAAGAUCUGCCAGUAUCCGCAUUCCCGUUCUCGUUCUCCACUCCGUUUAA